UUCCUCACGUUUCUUGAUUAGAAUAAUGUGUUAGUAAAGCAAUACUGGUCAAGUUUUCUAUAUAGUAACAUUUGUUACUGUUAGUGCCCUGCAAACCUUUAUCAUUCUAAUGUGCAGAUAUCCAAACUCAGUGAUUGCCUUCCUUUAUUCUAUUUUCAUUUUUAGGGUGAAACAGUUCAGUUUUUACCGGUUUGAUUAGCUCUAAAGAAUUAUAUUUAAGAAACUGCAUUUUACUUUUCCCAUAUGGUAAAGUUAGGCUUUCUUUUGAUUUGUCAUUCAUCUGCUGUAUUUGUCCCCUUGAAAAAUACAGUUACUUCACAUCAGUGGCUGCAGUUUCACUUUGGAUUUCCAAAUUGUGUGUUGCUACUCGACAAAUCACAACCAAUUUAUCUUCUGGUAUUUGUUAUUUAAGCAUUGAGCACUGUCAUGUGAGAACCAUGUCAGAAACACACACACACACACACACAAAGGUCUCCCUCACACGAACACACACACACACACACACACAGUAGGCCUAGUCAGGUGAGGAAAUAGGUGGAGUUUUCCCAACUCGGUCAUUUGCAAUGGAGAUGUUUUAUCAGCACGGCUUUGGCACAUAUCCGCUGUUGGACCGGUUUGCUUUGAGGAUGGCUCUGCCUGCUUAUUCAUCCCGGUCGUUAAGCGGAGCUGAGCCCUGCAGCCCCGAACCCACAUGUGCAGCUGAGCCGUUUCCUUCUCGAUUCUGAUGCUGAUGGUCUCGUUAAGACGUCUAUUGCCUCUUUUCUUUGGCGGCUGCGGGACGCCCUGCCACGGCCAUUUUCAUGGUCACAUCACCCGCGGGCAUCCAGAGGUGGCAAACUAAACGAACCCGCGGGGGUUCCAGGGGGGAAACACCUGGUUUCUUAUCACGGGUUAGGCGUGGUGUUGAGAAGAAGAACAUCCCAAGAACACCCCGCCUCCGACUGUGUGCUGCAGCACGAUUUAUGAUAUCAAAUGAUUGGAACAGGACGACGUCAUCGCACGUGGCAAAUGCUCGGACCAGAGUCGUGCUCGGUGCAUUGGAUGUUGGGCACAAAAUGAUUAUCCAAAAGUAAACGCGUAGAGAACACACAUACAAAGAGUUACAGUCCGUGAAGCAUCCAAAUUGAGAUUAUUUCUCUUCUUAAAUGUGAUGUAAUUGUAUACGUUGUUGGCCGUAGUGUGAGUCGUUUCAUUGUUCAAAUAAAUCGCACCUUUUUUUUAUGCAGUGUUGUAUCAAAUACACUAAACUCCCGCUGAAGUGGAACUUUUCUCAACGCCUGAAUGGGCCCCGCGCUCCCUCCCCACCUGUGUUCUCGCUUCCUGCUCCCCGCGGCGAGGGGCCACUCUGAUAGGUUCACUGGGUUAAAGGGACUGGCCUGCAGGGCAGCCGCCUCUCAACAUAUAAAGCCCGAGCUCCCACUACCACAACAAACAGCCAGCACACUCGGUUUGAGAAGAACUGGGAGGUAGAUGCGCUUUUACGCAUGAAUAGGCGCCUUUGGUUUUUUACGCACGACGAACCCUUAAUGCCUCUUUGGCACAGUUGAGUUGUUGUUGGUUUUUUUGCGCGCGUUUGUUGAACGUUCCACGUGUUGACAUGACGCUCUCCAGUGAAUUUGAAGCUCCACAACCCGCCGACCUGCCUCUGGAGGAGGACGAGAUUGACAUAGUGGGCGAGGAUCAGCCUACCCACGGCCGUUCAUAUGGAAAGGAGUGCUCUGCGGACGCCGGCUCCUCGGCCGAGUCUGGUGCCGAAUUUGACUCCUCGGAGCCAGACUCCUCGGGGGAGAGCGAGAGCAGCUUCUACGCGGACGCACAGCCGUCCAGGAAAGCACAGAGCAGCUCAGUGAAGCCCCCGUACUCCUACAUUGCCCUCAUCACCAUGGCCAUCCUGCAGAGCCCGCUGAAGAAGCUGACGCUGAGCGGCAUCUGUGACUUCAUCAGCAACAAAUUCCCCUACUACAGAGACAAGUUCCCCGCCUGGCAGAACUCCAUCAGGCACAACCUCUCCCUCAACGACUGCUUCAUCAAGAUCCCGAGGGAGCCCGGGAACCCGGGCAAAGGUAACUACUGGUCCCUGGACCCGGCCUCGGAGGACAUGUUCGACAACGGCAGCUUCCUGCGGCGGAGGAAGCGGUUUAAGAGGAACCAGCCGGAGUUCGGCAAAGACGGACUGGUGUUUUAUUCCGGCAUGAACUUCCACCGAGCGUACGGGCAACCCUACUUUGUACAGGGCCAGGUGACCCCCCCGCCCGCCGCCCCCGCCCGCUACAUGCCCCUGCAGGAGGGCAUCAUGAUGCCCCCGUCCAACUUUCACCUCCUGCCCCAAACUCUGAGCAGUCAAGGGAAGUGCAGUGCGCCCAAGGACGUCCGAGCGCAGCUCCGCGUCGAGCCGAGGCCCGCUCCGCAGGCCAAGUGCUCCUUCAGCAUCGACAGCAUCAUCAGCAAGGCCUCUCCCCCCGCCCCCGUGUACGGUCGCCUCAUGUCGGGCCCCGCGCCCUGUUUGGUGCCCAGGCUGGUGCAGGCUGCCCGGACCCCGUUCGGCCCCCCCGCCAUGCUGGGCACCGCGGCUCUGAUGAACGAGCACCUCAGGCCCUCCUACCCUCGCUGCUGAGAGCCUCUGUGGCCGUGAACAAAACUGUAUCUGUCACUCUGUGAUAUGUGAAGACAACGUUGCAGUAGCUCAUUUCUUAAAGAAAUGUUUGAAAAUUGCAUGAUAUUUAUGUGAGUUGACUUUCGAAAUUCAUGUCUCGAGGAGAAGUCACUGUAAAUAAGAUGAGUGGUAAUAUAUUUGUGAUACUUGCUGCUGAAGGAAAACCUUUGUUGCUGAAUGUUUUUGGUUUUUUUGUUGUUAUAACGUCUCAAGAAUAAAUGUAUGCAAUAUUA